CCCACGUACAUUUUGAGAGACGUACAUGCUUGUUGCCAGGGUACGUCGUUAGCAGCGUUAGCAAGAAAGCUAACAAGGCACAUUGUCGGCUCAUAAUGAAUACGUUAGUUGUAAUAGGACUUCAAACGUAUAAAGUCAAAUGAGAAGAUCGCUACUAAGGGGAGAAGAAUCACUAAGGUGGUGAUUUAAAUAAGCAUCAGCGACCUGAACCACCGACCUCUCCAAAAUCUUUCCCUUCGCCAUGCAAUCUUCAACAUUAUUUCAUCCAUACUGUCCAGAAGCCCUUCAACUGCACAAUCUGUGGAAAAGCCUUCAAGCAGUCUGAUCGUUUAAAAACGCACUUGCAGGGAUUCCACCAUUCAAGGCAAUUCAUUCCAUUCAAAGGAAUCAACACACUUGGCAAUGGUAAUUACACUUUUAUGCCUUUGAUUGUGUCAACAUUUGUGGCCUCCCAGCCAGAGUGGGAAAAGCAAAAUUGUGACUUUACCUUUCUCUUGAGACUGGGAAUCUAACAAUAUACUUUAUGUGCCACAUGUAAAUUAUGCCUCAGUGACUCAGAGCAGUAUCUGAAAUUCUAUGGGUCCAGUACCUCAGAAGCAAGUUGAUUCUGCAAAUUCAGACACAGCUGCUUUCAAUGCCCAAAAUGGAUACACAUGCAAAGUCAGCUCAUACUAAACAAGAAUAAUUUUAGGGGGGGGCAGAGAGUCAGGCUAGACAGGCUUAUUUGAAAGAGAACCUGCAGUCACAAGAAUUGAGCUCCAGCAGAAGCAAAAUGACUUUGAAUCACCAGUGUCCUAAAUGUCGCAAAACAUUCUGCUCACCAUCCAAAUUACAACGGCAUUUCCUUAUUCAUACGGGGCUGAAACCCUACUCAUGUGUGAUCUGCUUGAAAGACUUCAGACAGAAGGUACACUUGAAAUCCCAUUUAACAGCAAAAAAAUGUUCACUGUCUGCCGGCACUGGAAGGAAAAAAGGGAAGUUUGUUAACAGCAGAAAAACCACAUGUCUGCAGCCUCAGUCGUCACUUCAACUACAACCCACCAGCCAUCACACUCCUGGGAAUUCCUCAGUGGAACUGGAGCUACAGUGUAAAAUAAGUGUGAAUGAUGUGCAGGACCGGAACAAAACCGAAAUCAAGUCAGAAAAACAAGAGCAGCAACACGUAACACAUAAAGACCAGAAACCGUUCCAAUGCAUAAUCUGCAGCAGGUCGUUUCAGUUGGAAGUUAAUUUAAUACGCCAUCAUGAAAUUCAUAGGAACCACAAUGAAUUGGGAAGUUCUACCUCCGAGCAAAGCAAUGAUGUGAAUAUGUCUGAUUCGGAAACAAUACAACAUUUACCUGAACCCAGGCAUGCAGACCCUAUUGACUUGAACAUCAUUGUUAAACCAGAAACAUGGAGUGGAACUCGCAGCGACUACAAUGACUCCCUUUCCCAGGAUUCUGUGUUAAUUACAUCAGCUGAACAGCAAAGGGAAGCCUACCAUGCCAGCAAUGAGCAGCAGAGAAUGUACUCAUUAAAUCAGUGUCAUGCAUGUUUAAAAUGUUUUCCAUCUGCAUCAAAACUUCAAAGGCACAUGAUGACUCAUACUGGCCAAAGGCCCUUUGGCUGUGAGACGUGUGGAAAGAGAUUCCGUCAGAAAACACACCUGAGGGUCCAUUGUCGCACUCACCUGGGGUCUAGAUAUCACAAGCAACGAUCAUUGUAUAUCAAUCGGCCGCCUUCUCGCAUAGGUGGGUUUAACACAAGGACUGCAGCAAACGUCCCGGAACAGGAAAUGUUACUACAUAAGAAUGAUUUUGAGACACACACUGGCAUUGAUGUAGUCUCUGCAAAACACCUGAAUCAGAGUCCUUCUAUAAUAACUAUUCAGCAUAACAGAGAAUCCAAUAACAAGUUGUUGCCACAUAUCUCAAAGAAAAAUGAGGUUGUGCAAAAGGUUUCAAAAGUGACUGUGAAAAGGAAACAGGCCGCUACGUCAAUGCGUCUUCCAGGCAACGUUCAACACAAGUGCUUCCAGUGUUUAAAGUGUUUUCCAAGUGCCUCUAAAUUACAAAGGCAUGAGCUGGUACACACAGGCCUGAGACCGUUUCAGUGUGUUUUGUGUGGGAAAGCAUUCAGGCAAGCGUCAUAUCUGAAAACUCAUGAAAGGUCUCACUGUGAGAGAAAACAAUCCAGGCUAGUCAAUCUACAGGGAAACAGCAGAAAACUGAAAGCAAAUAGACAACAGCAGCCUUUCCCAAGGGUCAGUGUCCAUAUCCCACAACAGAAUAGCUCUGUGAACACAGACACUACACUUUCAAAUUCUAAUGAUGCUGAAGACAAUGGAGUGAAAGUGUUGCUCUGCACCAGGAGUGAAAUAUCUGUUACAAAAGUUAACAGUCUCUUUAAGACAAACUCUAAGAAAAAUAGUAAUGUAAUUGGUAAAAAAAGGAAACAUAACACAUCUCCAAAGCCAUCUAAGCUAUCAAGGGACUUGGUCACUCACUCUGGGCUAAGGCCAUACAAGUGCACUAUGUGCAGCAAAACCUUCACACAGUGUAGACUUCUAAAAGUUCAUGAGCACAGAUGCAGACAGGGUUCACAUGAUAUUCAAGGAGAAAUUAAAAAUAUCAACCAUCUCCAGGAUAAAUGCAUUGAAACCCUUUCUGAUUGUACAGAUUUGAAUGUAGAUGCAACAAAAGAGCAGCCAGGGUCACAUGCCAGUGUUGGCUCAUUUACUGAUGAAGAUUUAUCUUAUUGGUCAGAGGCAAUAAACACUGAAUGGUUGGCAGUGCCAGAUGUGGGCUUACAAGAGGAAAAAAAAGAAUCCGAGAAAAGGCAGAGAGACCAUGAUGAUCUGGCUACAGACCAGUAUAGUUAUUCCUUUCCCUCUCAACUUACCUUUGAAAUAAAUAAACUUGUCCAAAAUCAAAACACAGCAGCCCCACCUUUGUCACACCAGCAUGAUGGUACGUCUAUACGUAAUGUAGAAGUACCAUGUCAGCCUAAAGGAGUUAUGGCUAUUUCAGAUAGCAACAAGCUGCGCAGUGAUAAACUUGUGAGUUAUGUGGUUGAGAAUGAAAGGCAGCCAGACAAUUACUGGUGUGAACCAAUAACUGUGUUUGAAUGCGAGAAGUGCUCUGCAAGUUUUGAGAGCAAUAACAAUCUUAAGCAACAUAUUUGUUCAACCAAUGUUCAACCUAAAAUGACAGAGUCAGCCCAUAAGUAUCGUUGUGACAUUUGUUUCAAACAUUUUGUGUCUCCCUCUAAACUCAAAAGGCAUUAUCUCAUUCACACAGGUCAAAGGCCGUUUAGGUGUGACAUUUGUGGCAAAACAUUCAGACAGUCAUCACAUGUCACAACACACCGGCUGACUCAUUGAUUAUCAACAUGUUACUUUUUUGCAGUGUAUGAUUAUCAUGAUUUGUCAGUGUGAUGUUUGUGUAUACUGUAUGUAAAAUAUAUGUAUAAUAUGGACUUAUAAUGGACUGAAUAUUUUUACAUCUUUGUAUUUCAUGAAUUAAAUGUCUUUCUUAUGGU